CUGCCACCCAAUGGAAGCACACUGCAUUGUGUCUUUAAGAGGCGUGUUAGAGGAGGAGGAGUUGUGAUCUCAGUGUAAAGCAGUACUCAGCUGAUGAGAGAGAGAGAGGAGGUGCUGCUUUGAGAAAGGAGACAGGAUCCAUGGCAACAAUCAUGGCAGAGGCAGAGACCCGUCAGAGGCUGCUGCGCACCGUCAAGAAGGAGGUGAAGCAGAUUAUGGAGGAAGCCGUCACCAGGAAAUUUGUUCACGAAGACAGCAGCCAUAUUGUGUCCUUUUGUGCUGCGGUGGAGGCAUGCGUUCUGCAUGGGCUGAAACGGCGAGCAGCAGGCUUUCUGCGUAGCAACAAGAUAGCGGCACUCUUCAUGAAGGUGGGGAAGAGCUUCGUCCCAGCUGAGGAGCUGUGCAGGAAGGCCCAGGAGGUCGAGCAGAUCAUCGAGACAAAACGAAGUCAAAGCUUGCAAAGUCAAGACGGUCUUCGCAAGAUGCCCCGACUGCCCAGCCUCAACCCACAGGGAGUGAAGAACCUGUGGAUCCGGACGGCUCUAUUUGAGAAAGUGCUGGACAAGAUUGUCCUCUACCUGGCGGAGAACAGCAGUAAAUACUACGAGAAAGAGGCUGUUCUAAUGGACCCGGUGGACGGACCUAUCCUCGCCUCUUUGUUAGUUGGACCUUGUGCUUUGGAGUACACAAAGAUGAAGACAGCCGACCACUUCUGGACAGACCCGUCUGCUGACGAGUUGGUGCAAAGACAUCGCAUCCAUGGCGGCCACUGCAGACAGGAUUCUCCCACUAAGAGGCCUGCACUGUGUAUCCAGAAGCGGCACUCCAGCAGCAGCAUGGAUGAACGCCCUUCACCCUCGCCAUCAGCUCGUGAAUAUGUGGAGUCGCUGCAUCAAAACAACAGAGUGACCCUACUGUUUGGCAAAAACAAUGUGCUCGUACAGCCGAGGGACGACAUGGAGGCUAUCCCGGGUUACCUCUCUCUGCACCAGAAUGCUGACCUCAUGACCCUGAAGUGGACGCCGAACCAGCUCAUGAACGGCUCUGUUGGAGACUUGGACUACGAGUUCAGUGUAUACUGGGACUAUGCCAUGACGAUCCCUCUAGGGGAGAUAGUUUACUUGCACUGUCAUCAACAAGUUGACAGUGGGGGGACGGUGGUGCUGGUCAGUCAGGAUGGGAUUCAAAGACCUCCACUUCGCUUCCCCAGAGGAGGCCACUUGCUCCAGUUCCUCUCCUGCCUGGAGAACGGCCUGCUUCCACACGGCCAGCUGGACCCUCCGCUCUGGUCCCAGAGGGGAAAGGGGAAGGUGUUUCCCAAGCUGCGGAACAGGGUUCCUCAGGGAUCUGGAUCCUCAGACUCGGUCUCCGAUAAGGAGGAGGACGAGGCCACAGACUAUGUCUUCCGCAUCCUCUUCCCAAACAGCCAGUCAGAGUUUGUGACUGUAACCCAUCCCCCCCAUCUGACUUCCUCCCUCUCCCUUCAACUGAGUGGACAGUCCCCCUCCAAAACAGGGACCCUUGUUGUACCCAGGAGGUCUUGCAGCUGUCCUGAAGAAUCCCCCUCACUCACAGGAAGCAGCUUGACUCCCCCAGACUUGAUGGAUCAGGGAGCUACGAUGUGGCAUCCCACGCUCAGGAAGUCCUCGUGUUCCUCUUGUUCUCAGGGGAGCUUCUCUGGCGGGGUGACGCCCAAGGGGUGCAACCAUGAGAGGGCUCCUCUGAAGCUGCUGUGCGACAACAUGAAGAAUCAGAUCAUCUCUCGGGCGUUUUACGGCUGGUUGGCAUACUGCCGCCACCUGUCCACGGUGCGUACACACCUCUCUGCUCUCGUCAAUCACACCAUUGUGGCGCCCGACCGGCCGUGCGAUGCCUACAAAGGGCUCACCGCAGACGUGUGGCAGACGUUCCUCCAGGACUGCACAGCAUACAAGGAGACAGAGCUGCGUCGCAUGGUCUACUUCGGUGGUGUGGAGGCCUCGCUGCGUAAAGAAGUGUGGCCGUUCCUGCUGGGUCAUUACCAGUUUGGAAUGUCAGAAGCUGAGAGGAAGGAGGUGGAUGAACAUGUCCGAGUGUGCUACCAGCAGACCAUGCGCGAGUGGCUCGGUUGUGAGGAGAUCGUCCGCCAGCGGGAGAAGGAGCAGCAUGCUGCUGCAUUAGCAAAGUGCUCCACUGGAGCGAGCAUGGACGGCUUCAGUCAGAAGAUGAUCCACCACAACUCCACUGUCAGCAAUGAGUCCCAGUCCUCCCAGAGCUCAGACAGGCAGAGUCUGGCUCGCCUGCAGAGUGACUCCAGCAGCAGCACACAGUUCUUCACAUCCUCCCAUCCCUUCCCCUGGAGUAGCCUGCUUCCCUUUGGCUUGUUCUUUCAGGUGUUUGAGUCCGUAGAGGAGGUUGACCAGAUCGAGACGGAGCCCAAGAGCGAAGACGCCAAACAGGUGCCAAAGAUACCCAAUGGAGCUCUGCAGAACGGGACAAGCUCUCCCGACUCCGGACACCCCUCCUCCCGCAACUUCUCCGUCACUUCCGGCCUUUCGGACGGCUCACUCAGCACAGAGGACAGCGCUGCACCUGAUGCAACCCCGAGAUCUGCAGCUGUCCCUCAGAGCCCAGUCAAACCGGCAGUGGUGGAGAGUGAAGCUCCGACAGAGGAGGUGGACAGCCAGGUGAGAGGUAAAGUGAAGAACAAGGAGGAAGAGGAGGAGGAGGAGAAAGCACCUGAUGCGUCUAAAACUGCAGAUAGUACCAAGACUGAAGAGCUAGUCGAGGCCGACAAAGAGACAAGUCUGCAACCCAAAACACAAGAGACUGUUGAGGAGUCUGGAGCAAUUAAAACAGAGGGGCCCAAGUGUGAAGAUAAAGUUGAACUGGCAGACAUUAAAGGAGUUACGUCUUUAGAGUCAGGGCAAACAGAAAAAGAAGUGCAAGAUAAGGAUACUAUGAUGGCAUCAGCAGCUGCUACAGAAUCAAAAGGAGAUCUUGUUGAGCAAAGUCUUAAAAAAGAAAAAGAAGCGAGUAUUGAGGAAACUACAGAAACAAAUGUGGAAAAGACGAAGGGAAUGGAUGAAUCACAGACGAGUAAACCACAAGAGGUUUUAUCAGCAGAAAGGAGAGAAAAUAUAUUCGUUGAUCACGUGGCCCUCGAAGUUGAAAAGACCCUGGUUUUCCCAGCAGACACCGGGGUCUCGAGAGCAAGGGAAGCCUACUUUCCCUCUCAGAAAGAGGAGGCUCAGGUCAUGACUGAAUCUGACGAGUCUCCCUCAGCCAUAGAGAUGGAGGAGAUCCCCAAAGCCAAAGUUUCCAUGGUGCCUUGGAGCAGGAAGGGACGUUGCGAAGCGUCGUCUUUCUCUGAGGACUCGGCCCCCCACAUGGACCUCAAGCAGGAGGAGGGGGAGCGAGGAAAGCCCAGUCCAGAGAGCCUCCUGUGUGACGAGCCAGAGAUGGAGAGCCUUUACCCAAACUUUGACUCUCUGGCGGCCUCUGGAGACACUAAAAAUGAGGCGACAUCUAAAGAAUCUGCUGGGAGUACCUUCUCUCAAGAGCUUUUGGACUUGUAUACGUUAAAUCUGCACCGCAUUGAAAAGGAUGUCCAGCGCUGUGACAGAAACUACUGCUACUUCACUCCUGCCAACCUGGAGAAACUGCGCAACAUCAUGUGCAGCUAUAUCUGGAGGCACCUUGACAUCGGUUACGUACAGGGCAUGUGUGAUCUGCUGGCUCCUCUUCUGGUCAUUCUGGAUGAUGAGGCCAUGGCCUUCAGCUGCUUCACUGAGCUCAUGAAGAGGAUGAAUCAAAACUUUCCACACGGCGGAGCUAUGGAUACUCACUUUGCCAACAUGCGCUCUCUAAUCCAGAUCCUGGAUUCUGAGCUGUUUGAACUAAUGCACCAGAACGGAGACUACACCCACUUCUACUUCUGCUACCGCUGGUUUCUCCUAGACUUCAAGCGAGAGCUGGUGUAUGAUGACGUGUUUGCAGUGUGGGAGACAAUCUGGGCCGCCAAGUGUGUCUCCUCAAGUCACUUUGUCCUCUUCAUCGCCCUGGCACUGGUGGAGAUCUACAGGGACAUAAUCCUGGAGAACAACAUGGACUUCACUGACAUCAUUAAGUUCUUCAAUGAAAUGGCUGAGCACCACAACAUAAAGAAGAUUUUGACCAUGGCCAGAGAUCUGGUGUGCAAAGUGCAGAUGCUGAUAGAGAACAAGUGAUUGUGCUCUUUGUCUUCUUUUUCCUUCCAAGUAAAGUGUGACCGGCUGUAGCAGCACAAGAGUAAAACAGACACACACACACACACACACACACACUACACACAAAGCCUUUACAAACACAGUUUGCUGCUAUGAGCCUUAUUGACUGUAUCCACAAUGUUGUUUGUGUUGUCAACAGAUGUAUGAGAAUAUUAUGCUUCAUAUUUGUCAGUAUGUUCAAGUGAAAACAAAUGUAUCUGAAAAAGCAUUUCUUUAGUUUCUAAAUAUUUUUGUCAGAAGUCCCUGAAGUGUCAAUGUUAAUCCGAGUGCACUUCAUAUUUUUGAGAUAAUGAUGGUUUUAGUUGCACAUUUCAAACCAAAAUGCAGAGCUGAAUUCCACCAGAGACUAUAUUUAUGAAAAAACACAUUGUGAUAAUAGUUUAUAAUAAUUAUUUUAAUAGUCAAAGUCUACAAGAUUAAACUUUAAAUAUAUUAGUAAGUUGUCUCCCUAUUCCUAUCCCUUAAUGAAGGAAAUAAUGUCAGCAGACUUUUCAUUUUCUUUAAACACAACACCCCAAAAUUAAAUUAAUUUUUACUGAUAACUGAUUAAAAAUUAGUUUCACACACAACAUUAAGAAUAAUUUAGCUUUUAGCACCAUGUCAGUGAUUUAGCAUCCAACAGUGUUUUUAAUGUUUUAAUUGAACUGCCUCGUCUGCCAAAUAAUGUCUUUAUUUGUUACGUGUGAAUUGUACUGUACUGAGAGAAAAAUGUGUUUAACUUAUGAGGAUUAUAUUAGUAAAAUCAUAACCUAAUAUUUAAGUGACUUACGGAUGUCUGGGUGGAGAUUUAUAUAAAGCAACAAGCCUGAUUUGAUAGCCUCUUAAGUUAUUUUCCAUUAUGCAGUGAACAUUGUAUAUUUUGUAAAUUGUGCCGUUUACUCAUCUUGAUUUUUGUCUUGUAUUGUCUGGCGCCUGUUUGUUGAAUAAAAUGUUAAUUUCAGCUUAAAUAUGAUUAUGAAUUGGGAAGAUCAGAUGAGACAGUGAAAACAUUUUGUCACAGCGACCAAAUGAAAAGUUUUGUGGCGCCACAUUAUUCAGAUACUUUAGUGUGAGAGUGGCUUAAACAGAGAGAUGAAAAUUAAGGUAGAGAUGAUGCUAUGAGGGAAACUGUGUUGAUGUUUUGGCAGAUUUGGGGCUUGUGAGGACAUACAAUAUAUAUGCUUUUAAGCCCGAAAUUAAUACUAAUGUUGGCCUCAGUUACCAACAUUUAUGCUUGUCAUUCAUUGCCUAAAACUUCACUCAGUUGGUCUUCAAGUGUUGUUUCAUGAAUGUGUCGAGAUGAAUUGCUUUUAAUAUUGGUGUUUCUUUGUGAAUGCUAACUGCUGUCGGAAAAACUAUUUUUUAAUUUAUUGUAACAUUUAUUUAGUAAGUAUUUAUUUAUUUAUUCAUUCAUUAAUUUUCUCAUUCAGAUGCUGCUUUGUUUGUAAAGCUGAUAUUUUUAUUUUGUGGCCAGUUCUCUGUGUGUAUUGUAAAACAAUCAAAUUACUACCAAGAGUUCAUAUAUAUAGUAUAUAUUAAAUGGUUUAUGUUUUUAUAAUAAAACAAUAAAAAUGGAAUUAUCAUUAUUUUUCCAAAA